AUGAAUCUCCUCAAGAUCGGCGCUGGGAGAAACAACCCUGCCUCUUCCUGGCUCAUGGAAGUCAGUUUUCUUUGGCUUCUUAGCCAGCACUGGUGCAGGGCCAGCGCUGUUUGGACUGCCUACAUGAACAUAUCCUUCCACGUUGGGAAUCGCAUGUUGUCGGAGUUGGGGGAGACUGGAGCGUUUGGAAGAAGCUCCGCUUUGAAGAGAGUAGCAGGAGUUAUCUUGCCACCAGAGGGAAAAACUCAAAAUGCAUGUAGCCCCAAUACCAGUUUCAGAAAGUCAAAGAACUCAGAGACGUGGCUUGCACUGGUUGAACGGGGAGGUUGUACCUUCACACAAAAGAUUAAGGUGGCGGUUGGGAAGGGAGCCAGUGGAGUGAUCAUCUAUAACUUUCCGGGAACUGGCAAUCAGGUUUUCCCCAUGUCUCAUCAGGCUUUUGAAGACAUCGUUGUGGUGAUGAUUGGUAACUUAAGAGGCAUGGAGAUUCUGCAUUUAAUUCAAAAGGGAGUUCACGUGACAGCCAUGAUUGAGGUGGGGAGUAAGCGUAUCAUCUGGAUGAAUCACUAUUUUGUCUCUUUUGUGAUUGUCACAACCGCUACCUUAGCGUAUUUCAUCUUUUACCAUAUUCGAAGACUUUGGGUAGCAAGGAUUCAGAACAGGAGAUGGCAGCGAUUAACGACUGACCUCAAGCAAGCGUUUGGCCAGCUCCAAAUUCGGGUCCUCAAAGAGGGGGACGAGGAAGUAAGUCCAAAUGGAGAUAGCUGCGUAGUUUGCUUUGAACUCUAUAAGCCUAAUGAUACAGUUCGCAUUCUGACCUGUAAACAUUUUUUCCACAAGAAUUGCAUUGACCCCUGGGUUCUAUCCCAUGGGACAUGCCCCAUGUGCAAAUGUGACAUUCUUAAAGCUUUGGGGAUUCAAGUGGAUGUUGAAGAUGGAACAGAAUCUUUGCAAGUUCUAAUGUCCAAUGAAUUGCCUGGUAACCUAUUACCUAGUGAAGAGGGCGCAAAUAACGAACCUCCUCCAGCAGCAGCAAGGUCGGAUAAAGUGACCCACGUGGAGGAAGAGGGGCACCCUGCUUCUCAGACCCACGGCCAGUCUGACUCCGUGGGAGCAGGUGUUCAUCCUCCGCCUUGA